AUGGAUGUUACCUGUUCAAUUUGCUUAAGCAUCUUGUUCAAACCAGUUCAUCUUCCCUGCAAACACCAAUUUUGUAGGGACUGUAUAGGUCAGGCAGUCAACUUUACUGCAUACCAGUGCCCUAUUUGCAGAUAUAGACUUUCAAACUGGUUACGUAAAGUGAAAGAUUUGGAUUCUGUAGUGUCGGAAACCAAAGAAAAUGAAAUUCGAAGCCUCUUUCCAAAAUAUUACGCUGCCAAAGAACUGGGAAUUUCUCCGUCUUUGUCUGAACUUGAACGCAAAAAUAUGUUAAAUGCAAAUACAGAUUUCAUCCCAAAUUGUUCUGCCGAAGCAGGAGAUGUGCAUGAAUAUUAUGUAAAAGAGGUUGAAAAGUACUCAAGUUUACGCUCUCUGCAAGAGAAAGAAAAUGAAGAAGCUUCGUUAGCACUAGCAGCUCAGAUUCUAUCCGAAGAUGGCCUUAGUCUCCUAGCAGAUGAUAUUUCACCUGGUAGGCGUUGA